AUGCCCAGAGACGAUCUUUCCAUCGAUUUUGUCCCCAAGUACAAAAAUAAUAUCAAUAUGCCGCAGAUGGAGCAAUUAGAUACAGCGGGAGUUCUCGAUGACUGGAUCAACCGUGUCGCAAAUUUACCCCACGAAAUUGCUUUCAAGCAAGAUGAGAUAGGAGAAAAGGACAAAGCUAUGCAAGAGUGCCUCUCUGUCAUCGCAAAGCACGAUGCUGCUCUUCAAAAAUGGACCAAGGCGAACGGGGCAAACCAGCCGAACCCAAAAGAACCAACCUUGAACAAGAUAAUACUCGAGAAUUAUGAAAAAGCAGAGCGCCUUCAAGAUGAGAAAAUCAAGUUAUGUCAGGAUCUAGAAAGCCUUGUUGAGGGACACGUUCGACGACUGGACCAGCAAAUCAAAACGCUACAAAAUAAAGGAGAAUUCCCAAAAGAUCCAGAUCUGCCUUCGCUACUAGACCCAAAACCAAUCGACCGCUCCCGAUUAGAUACCCACGGCGGCACGAGACCACUUGGUGAAAUCAUAAACUCAGUCUCCUCCCCUCAUGCACGACAUCCAAGUAAUUCCAGAAUAUCUGCGAACAGUAACCAACUUAAUGGCGCGAUGGCGUCUUCUGCUCCAGCAACACCCGCUGCCACUUUACUUUUACAAAGGCAAACUCGGGAAUCAUCACUUGGCGCAAUGAACAAGCGACCACGACUUACUGGAGGACUGGGUACCCUACCAACCGCCUCUAGUGGACUUGCUCGCCAUUCAUCAAUGACUCCGGGUACUCCUCGUGGAGGUACACCAUCUGCCGUACGCGGCGGUAGUGCUGGACCAAGAAAUUCGCAGAAAAAGAAAGUGGCACCUCAGGGCAGCAGGCAAAGUGGCGCUCCACGCAAAGGUAAACCUGGAAAAUCUGGUCUUAGUAGAUUAAAGCGAGGACAUAAAAACUCGCCGUCCUCUGCAAACGACAGUGAGCUGAGCGAUGCGGAAUCCGGCUCCAUCGAAGAAGAAGAGAACACCGGACGUCAAAGCAAGGACGCUGAUGGAGACGACGAUAUGGUUGAUGUCGAUGACGAAGAGGGUGGGGAUGAUAAGAAAUACUGCAUUUGUCACAAUAUCAGUUAUGGAGACAUGGUGGCAUGCGAUAACGAAGACUGUCCUUAUGAAUGGUUUCAUUGGUCUUGUGUUGGCGUCAAGAGUGAUCCCUUGGGCACCUGGAUAUGUCCAGUAUGUACUCCUAAAAUGCCUAAGAAGGCCUGA